AUGUCUGAAUUAUCCGAUCUUGAUCGUCAAAUUGAACAAUUACGUCGUUGUGAAUUAAUAAAAGAAAGCGAAGUAAAAACAUUGUGUACAAAAGCACGUGAAAUAUUAACGGAAGAAAGCAAUGUUCAGUGUGUUGAUUCACCAGUGACAAUUUGUGGCGAUAUACAUGGCCAAUUCUUUGAUUUAAUGGAAUUAUUUCGUGUUGGAGGUGAUGUACCGUUAACAAAUUAUUUAUUUUUGGGUGAUUUUGUUGAUCGUGGUUUUUAUAGCGUUGAAACAUUUUUGUUAUUAUUAGCAUUAAAAGUACGAUAUCCUGAUCGUAUCACAUUAAUACGUGGUAAUCAUGAAUCACGACAAAUUACACAGGUAUACGGUUUUUAUGAUGAAUGUUUAAGAAAAUAUGGAAGUGUUAUGGUAUGGCGUUAUUGUACAGAAGUGUUUGAUUAUUUAAGUUUAUCAGCUGUUAUUGAUGGUAAAAUAUUUUGUGUUCACGGUGGUUUGAGUCCAUCGAUCAAUACAUUAGAUCAAAUACGACAAAUCGAUCGAAAAAUGGAAGUACCACACGAUGGGCCCAUGUGUGAUCUAUUAUGGUCUGAUCCAGAAGAAACACAAGGUUGGGGAGUUAGUCCAAGAGGUGCUGGUUAUCUGUUUGGUAGCGAUGUUGUCUCACAAUUUAAUCAAACAAAUAAUAUAGAUCUGAUAUGUCGAGCACAUCAACUCGUUAUGGAGGGCUAUAAGUGGCAUUUUAACGAAACGGUGCUAACAAUAUGGUCUGCACCAAAUUAUUGUUAUCGUUGUGGAAAUGUAGCGGCGAUAUUAGAAUUAGAUGAACAUUUAAAUAGAGGUUUCACAAUAUUUGAAGCGGCACCACAAGAUCAACGGUCGUCAGCAACGAAACGUGUAGUACCAGAUUAUUUCUUAUAA